AUGCGGCUAUAUAUGAAAAGAGGCAUAAUCUUAAAUAGAAGGGAACUGAGAAAAUUAGCAAGAAAAAAAAAGAAAAAAAAUAAGCUCCUUUUUUCAAAAAAAAAAAGUUCCAGAAAAAAUAUUGCCCAGGAUAUCACACAUGACAUUGAAUCAAAAAGAAAAACAACAAAAAAGGAAAAGGAAACUAAGAGGAAAAAAGAAGAAUACAACGAUAAGGAUAAUUUAAGUGAGCCACCUAAAAAACAAAUAAAAACGUCUCGUAGCAAAAUUAAGUAUGAUAUAGCAGCUGAACAAGAAAAAGAUAAUCUUUUGUUAUCGUACUUAUCGAAAAAAUUAAAAAUUAACAAUGUUGGAGAUGGGAAAAAUAACAAUGAGGAAAAACUUCUUAAAGAAUUGGAAAAAGAUGGAUUUGACUCGAAUUUACUAAAAUUGACAAAUAUAAUAUUUAGUGAAUUCCAGAAAAGCUAUAAAGAUGAACGUAAAAGAAGUAAAGCAGAUAAAGAACAUGGUGAUGAUAGAAAAAGAUAUUCACAGGAGGAUGAAGACAAGCAGAGUUUAAGCGCAAGUGAAAGAAAUUCGGGAGAUGACCAAGUCACUAAGAUAAAGUCAAAAAGUGAGAUGAAAGAAAAUAAGAAAGAAAAAGAAAAGAACAAGGAGCAGAAACAGAAGAAGAAAACAAAGGCAAAAAAUGAAAAGCAAAUUAAGGAAAAAAAUGAAAAGAAAAUUAAGCCAAAAAAUGAAAAGCAAAUUAAGCCAAAAAAUGAAAAGCAAAUUAAGGUAAAAAAGGCAAAGCAUAAUAAUACAGAGGAAGACAUGGAAGGGGGUGAGAGAAAAAUCCCCCCCCAAGGAACAUCCGGAGAAAGGAAAAAAAUUAUGAAGGCGGAAAAAAAGAUAAAGAAAGUUAACUACCCUGAAGAAUCAAAAAAAAUAGAAAAAUUUCUCAUGGUUUCUCUAAAUAAGACAUCUGAAUUUAAUAUAAAAUGUAUUGUUCAUGAUAUAUGUAAAUAUUUUCAUGAUUUAAAAGAUCUUAAGCUGAAAGUUAUUUUUAAUGAUAUCCUUAUAAAAAUAAUAUCCAAUCAUUUUAACAAUGUAAAUGUUACAGACAUUCACAUAUGCAUCUGCGCAGUAUUAAUAUGUAUAUUCAACAGUUUGAUAUAUCAGAAUAUGCUAAAAGAUUUUUUAAAAGCAUUAACGGAAAUUUUUAAAUAUCUCUACCAAGAAAAUCUCGAUUUGUUAAAAAAAAUGGAAAGGAUUAAUGAACUGAACAGUAACCCAACAUUCAAAUAUACAGUUAAUAACAUCAACAAUGAAAAGGAUACUGAAAAUGGAAAACUUGCAGUAUUAGAAAAAUCAAACGAAACAGACCAACAUUGUUCUAGUGCACACGCAUAUUUGAAUAAUUCUAAAGGGAAUGAUGAUGAGAUAAACUAUGCAGUUAGUCAAAAGGAACAGGAUCUAUAUCAAGAUUUUAAAAUUAUUCUGAGAAACUUGUUGAAAUGUUUCAGUCUAUUUUAUGCACUAAAUUACGUAGAUUUCGAUUGUAUAACUGAUAUAAUUAAUGUGCUAUGUGAAAACAUAAGCAUUAACAGUGUGGACAAUAUAAUUAUUAUUUUGAAGAUAUGUGGAAUGAAGCUAAAAAGUGAGGAUGUUACUCAUUUGAAGUAUAUUUCGGAAUAUUUAAAAAAACAAAUUGACAAUUAUAUUAUGAAUAAUCACAUUUGUGUAGAAAGAAGCAAACUACGAUUUUUGAUUAAAGAUAUAGAUGAUUUAGAAAAUGGGAAAAUGAAAUUCCACUUUUUGAAUAAAUUUGAAUUUCUUUUCAGCAUUUUAAAAGAAUUUGAGAAUAAAUACAACUUUAAAGGGAACAUGAUAUCAUUCUCUUUUUUAAAAACGUUAAAAAGCGUCGAAUUUACAAGUAUACAAGGUGGAAAAGGAUCUAAAAAGAGAAAAAGUACAACGAACAUAAAAAAGGAAAAAAGCAAUAUGGAUAAAACUGGUGCAAAAAUAGAAAAUGCUACUAGCACAGGUGAUAGAAACAAUAACAUGCUCAGUGAAGAAGAAACGAACGUUAUAGAAAACAAAUUUUGUAAACUGAACUAUUUAACGAGUGGGGAAGAAGCAUACUUCAAUGAAUCACAUUUUAAUAGAAUCUUAAAACAAUAUAAAAUUCAGGGAAUUUUACCAAAAAAAAUUUUCAUAAUUAUGAAAAAUAGUCUGAAUGUUGAUGAAUGUGUGAAUAAUUUAUCUUUAAUUUUAAAAAAAAAGAAAAAUAUACCUCAUGUCAUACAAACAGUUAUUCAAACACUUCUCUAUAACAAAAAAUAUAAAGUUGCUUAUGCCAAAAUAUUAAGCAAUAUAUCAAAUAUUAAAAAUAGGAUAUUUCUUUUCAGCUUAAAAACUAUUUUUAUAAAUUACUUGAAGAAUAUAGAUAAUUAUAAUUUAAAAAAAGUUCUUUUCUUAAGUAAGUUAUUUGUGUUUUUGCUUAAGGAAAAGUUACUGAAUUUUCAAAUUUUUAAAUUUAUCGAAAUAGGACAAGAAGGGGAAACAGAAAAAAAACAGGAAAAUUCAAAUAUUUCUUUUUUUUUUAAAACUGUUUUUAUUUUAAUUUCAUUGCAUGAUAAGUCGGGAGAUUUGUCGACAAAUAGUGAAUUGUGGAGCCAUAUAAUGCAAAUCACACGAGGUGCUCAUUUGGGCAGUUCCUUUGUACACAUCUUUAAAAAAAUUAUAAAGAAGUAUAUAUUUUAUGAGGUAAAGAACAUAGUUCGUAUAUACCCUAAUUUUAAGAUAAAAUAUGCUGAGAUGUUUUAUGCCUUUCUGGAAAAGCAAAAAAGCCUAGGGAACUCUCCCUAG